UUUCGCCUCCAGUCCCGUCUAGUCUGGUGAGCUCUGAGUCGAAGCUCAGCACCCAAUAUCUGUUCUGAAACGCCAGAAUACAUUAGAUGAGCGCAGCCCCGGCUGUCAACGUUGCACGCUCUGCGGUCAAACCAGACGGUCGAUGGCGGGCAGCAAUUGCUGCUAGGCGGACAAAGGCCCUCACCCCUCGGAAACUUCUCAAGCGCGACCAAAAUGGCCUUCCGGUACCGCACGUUCAUGUCAUCGUCCGGGACACUCACCAGUCUCGCGUUGCCGAUCACUAUAACAGCACCCUCCGGGACGACCUUAUGUACAUGAACUACACCCAUAAACCGGCGGACUCGAAACCGCCACGAAACAUUCGGUUGUCGUACGACCUAGAAGACCCAUACGUCAAGCACCGGUACAACCCGCCCAUUGGUGGAUCGUUCGCGUGGACGCGUCAGGCACUCCCGCCAGUGACCUACGAGAACGUGGUCGAGCUCGAGUGCAUCCAGCUGCACACGAUGGUCAAAGACGCCCUCCAGAGCAAGAGCCAUCUUCUGGGCGCAAUCAUGGCCUUCCGCGCUAUCUCCGGUCUCUCGACCGAGCAAGGCGGCCAGCGCACGACCGAGGGCGUGCAAAUCGUCCGCGGAAAAAAGCAGGUCCAGGGCUGGAUGCGGCGCAAAGCACCCGUCGGUGUCAAGGUCGACAUCAAGGGCCCCCAGAUGUACGAUUUCAUCGGCACCCUUGUACACUUCGUUUUCCCGCGUAUGCGAGAGUUUAACGGCAUCCCACUACCCCGGCAGUCGUCGUCCCUCAUCUCGGCCAGCGCAGCAUCGGGUGUCGUCUCGUUUGGUCUUCCGCCAAUGGCCAUGGGUCUCUUCCCUCAAAUCGAAUACAACAUGGACGCAUACCCCAACAACUACGGUAUGCAUAUACACUUCAUCGCCAACACGAGGGGCGAGGGCGCGCAAAAUAGGGUUCGAACACUGCUCUCUGGGUUCCAGAUACCGUUCGUUAGGGCAUAACGGUGCGUG